AAUGGGAAGCCGCUGUACUUGAACGGGUUCAACGCGUACUGGAUGAUGUACAUGGCGUCGGACCCGUCCACCCGGGACAAGGUUGCAAGCGUGUUCCAGGAGGCUGCCAAGAACGGCAUGAACAUGGCCAGGACUUGGGCCUUCAGCGACGGCGUCAACCGGGCCCUCCAGAUCUCUCCAGGCGUCUACAACGAGGACAUGUUCAAGGGAUUGGACUUUGUGGUAUCGGAAGCUCGGAGAAAUGGAGUGUAUCUGAUAGUGAGCUUAGUGAACAACUGGAAUGAGUUUGGAGGAAAGAAUCAGUAUGUGCGGUGGGCUCGGGACAGUGGACAGUCCUUGAACAAUGAUGAUGAGUUCUUCACUAACUCAGUCACCAGGGGAUAUUACAAGAAUCAUGUCAAGGCAGUGCUGACAAGAAUGAACACUGUAACGGGAGUGGCGUACAAGGACGAUCCUACCAUCUUUGCAUGGGAACUCAUGAACGAGCCUCAAUGCAAGUCUGAUCCCUCUGGCAAAUCUCUUCAGGACUGGGUGAGCGAAAUGGCGGCAUACCUAAAGUCAAUCGACAGUAAUCAUAUGCUGGAAGUUGGACUCGAAGGGUUCUAUGGGCAAUCGGUUCCGGGGAAGCAGCAGAACAAUCCUGGCAGUGUGCUUGUCGGGACUGAUUUCAUGUCCAACAACCAAGUCCCCCAGGUGGACUUCGCCACGAUACACUUGUACCCCGAUCAAUGGUUGCCUAGUGCAAGUGAGGAGGAGCAAGUUGCAUUUGCAGACAAGUGGGUUCAAGUCCACAUUCAAGACUCCAACGCCAUUCUAAAGAAGCCGAUCAUACUCGGCGAAUUCGGCAAGUCGUCGAAUUCAUCGGGUUACAGCGUAGAAAAGAGGGACAGCUAUUUCGGGAGGCUGUACGACGCAAUCUACACAAGUGCAAGCAACCAAGGGUCGGGUGCCGGUGCACUCUUUUGGCAACUGUUUGUUCAAGACAUGGAUAGCUUCGGCGAUGGGUACGUAGUCAUAUUGAAGCAGAGCCCUUCUACAGCUAGUGUCAUCGCGCGACAGUCUCGCAGGAUGUCGUCCAUUCAGUCAAUUUAUGCAAAAAUUACUGACAUGGAAGCUGGUUAUCUACAUGGGACGACCGACUUUAACAUUGAUAUUUCUAUAUAA